GUGACUUAGAUUUAAAAUAAUCGAAGUGAGUAUGCCAUGAGAGAAGACAUCUGAACCCGAAGCAAAUAUAAGCACCAGAAAUGCCGUUCGUGACGUCACGCUAACGAAGCCGAACGCCUGGAAAACAAGUGACGACCGAGAUGCGCGCCGUGACCUGCCGCCUGAGCCCGCGCUCUUUGGGCACCAAAUUCCUGAUCCUAGCCGGCCUUGCAGUAUGGAUGAUCAUCGGCGCUUUUUUCGACAUGGUAGAGCGGGAAGCACUAAAUUACGUAGAUUCUCCUUGGUCUGAUUGGAUGGAUACGAAAAGGUACCGCCCUCUCCCCGACCGCAACGUUUCGUAUGCCAAAAUCCGGGACGACGUGGACUUCCCCGAGUGGACGCCCAAACGCCUGGUGCAGCUGCUGGAGGAGUCCUCGAGCUCCUGCAGGAAGAUGACUGACCUCGGGGGUUCCUUCAGCUGCAAGGACUGUCAGACCUGCUUUGUCGACGGAAACAAGUACAUCUGUUUCGAUCCGGACGUAAGGUGGGUUUGUGUCCCUUGA